AUGGUUACGUUAAAACGUCCUCCAUGUGGACCAUGUCCCUAAGUUUCACAAGAAGUGUAAUUUCAAGUAAAUUAAAAAUCAUUUAAAUUUUAUAUUUAUAUACUAUUUACACACUAUUUUUCUCCUCUAAUAAUACUUUAAAAUAUUAGGAUUAAAAUUAGAUUUUUAUUUAAUUUUUUGCAUUGGAAAAUUUAAAACACACUUUGUGAAACAAAUAAAAUCUUAAGAAAAUGACACAUUUUAUGUAAAGGAGAAAGUAAAAGAUAAACCGGCUCACACCAAUUUUGUUCAUAGAUGAUCUCAAACCGUUGGUUUAUUUUCCGGUUUUGGUUAACUAUAUGGAUCGAAGAACUACUAAACCGGCUCACACCAAUUUAGUUCAAAGAUGGUGACAACACCAAGGAAACAGAAAGACAGACAAAAAGAGCAAUGAUACUUUCAUUGGCGGUUCACGCAAUUGUCCACUUACACUCUUUAGCAAAAGUUAAAAAUCUGAAACAGUGAUUCCAAAUAUUCUUCUUUCUACAAAUAGAUACGAAAAGGGAAAAACAAGGAAGAUAAUAAAUGUAAAGCAAAAGAGUGAUACUUACACUAAAACUACAUUUCAGAGACAGUAAUGUUUUUUUUUAAGAAAAAGAUGUAAAGUGAUUUAAAGAGACAAAAGCUUGUUUAAGAAAACAAAACAUGGAAAAGAACACAAAGCUUGUGUCUGGCUCUACUAUCAAAAAGAUGGUCAUAUUAGUUUCCAAUUGGUAAAACUUAUCUCCUAAUUAUUGGACAAUUUAAAUCAAUUGUGAAUGAUUAGUAACCAAAUAAUUUACUUAUGAUUAUGCAAAAAAAAAAACACAAGAAGAUUAAUGGUCAAAACAAACUAUAAAACAACAAAGAGAAUAACUUGCAAGAGCCAAUAAAUCCAGCUCAUGAUAAUAAAUUAUCAAAAUUAAUCAGAUAAGGCCAUAAGGGUGAGCUUAAGUUUACUCUCUGCCUCUUUGAUUGAUAGGCGGGCGGUUCUGGCCGGGCUUUCCUGAGGUAAUCAAUUGAUUAAAAUAAAAUACUUAUAUAAAAAAAAAAGCUGUUAGAACGAAGUGCAGGAGGCGGUGCCUUUCAGAGCUCAGAAAUCUAUAAGAACUGUCCCCAAAACAAAAGGAUUAAAAAAAAACAUAUUUAAUCUGUUCUUCUCUCUCACUGAUAUAUUAAAAAAAAAUCGGAACGAGAGAGAGAGAGAGAGAGAGAGAGAGAGAGAGAGAGAAUCUCUAAUGAUCGUUGCGGUGGUGAUGGAGAUGAUGUGAUUACAAUUUUUUUAAAAAAAUCACACAACAAAACAUGUUGUCAUUUUGAUUUCGAUCUUAUUAGAAAUAAAUCUCCAAACCAGAGUUCUAAUCUCAUCAAAAGGAGAGAAGACUUUUGUUUUGUUUUUUUUUUUGCAAAUCUCCUCUCUGGCGAAAGAAGUAAACAGCGCCGCACGCACGUAAAAUAGAGCCAUUCCAAUGGCAUUCCAGCGGCGGCGAAACAGUUACUACAACCGUCUCCGUCGACUCCUCCCUCUGAUAUGCGCCUUCUCCGGAGCUCUUCUGAUCCUCUUCGCUCUCCUCUCCGUUUUCUCCCCUCCUCCUGAUGUCUCUGAUCGCCGCAUUUCCAAGCAGAUUAACUAUGGAGGCAAUGAUCAGAAGAAGAGCAUACCAGUUGUUUUUAGAGUUCCGACAAGUGGAGGGAGAUCAGAUCGUGAUAUCUGGCGUUCAUGGAAUGCUGACCUCUUUUACGGUUGCUGUAAUGCUAGCACCAAGUUCCCAAAUGCUAAAUCAAUUACUAGAAGUGAUCGAUACUUGGCAAUCGCCACUAGUGGUGGUUUAAACCAACAACGAACUGGUAUCGUAGAUGCUGUUGUUGCUGCUCGAAUACUAAACGCUACCCUUGUUAUUCCUAAGUUAGACCAGAAAUCCUACUGGAAAGAUGCCAGUGACUUCUCCCACAUCUUCCAAGUUGAUUGGUUUAUAUCAUUUCUCUCAAAAGACGUCAAAAUCAUUGAGCAGCUUCCACCUAAAGGAGGACAAACCUGGACUCCCAGCAGAAUGCGUGUGCCUAGAAAAUGCAACGAGAAAUGUUACAUCAAUCGAGUACUACCUGUUCUUCAGAAAAGGCAUGCGGUUCAGCUGAAUAAAUUUGACUACAGACUUUCAAACAAGCUGAGAGAUGAUUUGCAGAAGCUGAGGUGUAGAGUAAACUACCACGCGCUCAAGUUCACCGACCCCAUCCUCAAAAUGGGCAACGAACUGGUCAGAAGAAUGCGGUUAAGGAGCAAACACUACAUUGCUUUGCACCUUAGGUUUGAGCCAGACAUGCUCGCCUUCUCCGGAUGUUACUACGGUGGUGGUGACAAGGAGAAGAAAGAGUUGGGAUCAAUCAGAAGGAGAUGGAAAACUUUACAUGUGAAUAACCCGGAAAAGCAGAGGAGACAAGGAAGGUGUCCGUUGACACCAGAAGAAGUCGGUUUAAUGCUCAGAGCUUUGGGGUAUGGAAGUGAUGUUCAUAUAUAUGUUGCGUCAGGUGAAGUCUACGGAGGAGAAGAGUCGUUAGCUCCGUUGAAAGCGCUCUUCCCACAUUUCUAUUCUAAAGACACUAUAGCUACCAAAGAGGAGUUAGAACCGUUUGCUUCCUACUCUUCACGGAUGGCUGCGUUGGACUUCCUCGUGUGCGAUGAAAGCGAUGUUUUCGUUACAAACAAUAACGGAAACAUGGCGAGAAUAUUAGCUGGUCGAAGGAGAUAUUUUGGACAUAAACCGACGAUAAGACCGAAUGCGAAGAAGCUGUACAAGUUGUUUCUAAGCAAAGAGAACACAACUUGGGAGGAGUUUGGUUCGAGAGUCAGAACGUUUCAGAAAGGAUUCAUGGGAGAGCCCAAGGAAGUAAGAGCCGGUAGAGGCGAGUUUCAUGAGAAUCCUUCCACUUGUAUAUGCGAAGAUACCAUUACCGAUGGUAAGUCAAAAGAGGGAGGAGGUAUGGAUUCAAGAAAACUCGGUAAGAAAAACAAAGUGAGUAAUGGUGAGCAGAAGGAAGAUGAAGAUGCAGAGUGGUCGUCUGAUUAUGAGGAAGACCAAACUGAUUUGCAUGACAGAGGGUUGUUUAAUGGUACGAGGUUAGAUUAUGAGGAUAUCUCUUCUGAUGACCCUGAGCUCGAAGAAAUGCUGUCAGAUUGAUUCUUUUUUUCAAAAGACUUCCAAUUUUACAACCUUUUUGUUGUGGUCAUAUUUGCUUCUUCAUCAAUUUCUUUAUGUACAUAGGAAUCCAAUCCGAGGAAGAAUGACCUUUUCUUUUUUUGUUUUCAUUUCUUUUCUUUUACUUU